AUGAUAACUUGUCCGACUUCGGAAUGUACUCAACAACUCGAACACCAUGAUGUGAAAAGAUUAGCCGAGUUGGAGGUUUUUGAAAGAUUUGACACGUUUUCUCUUCGUGAAGCGUUACGUCAAAUGUUAGAAUUUCGAUGGUGUAAGAGUGCGGGAUGCGGAUCGGGACAAAUUCAUUUCGAAGGAGAUGAGGCUCCAAUUAUGACUUGUGAGGCAUGCCAAAAAAAAUCUUGCUACACGCAUGACAUACCAUGGCACGAAGAAAUGACCUGCUCUGAAUAUGAUGAGAUGAUGAAAUAUGCUGAAGCUGAAACGGCGACUCAAGAAUAUCUAAAACGUGAGACAAAACCUUGUCCGAAAUGCGGUGUUCAUAUUACAAAGGAUGGAGGGUGUAAUCAUAUGUCGUGCAAAGUUAGCACCUGCAAAUACGAAUUUUGUUGGCUGUAA